AUGGGCCCCUGUACCGCCUCCUCAUGCUGCUGCCAGGCCCCUAAUCUGCCAUGGGCCCCUGUACCGCCUCCUCAUGCUGCUGCCAGGUCCAGAGUGUCUCAUGGGUCCCUGUACGGCCUCCCAUUGCUGCUGUCUCCAUCGCCACACUCUGCCAUGUGCCACUUUCAGGUCUCCUCCUCACACUGCUGGUGUGUUCCAUUUUUUGUCAUAGGGUGCUGGCAGAUUACGGGCCUCCCAUAGCUGCUGCCAGGCCCCUAAUCUGCCAUGGGCCCCUGUACCGCCUCCUCAUGCUGCUGCCAGGUCCACAGUGUCUCCAUGGGUGCCACUUUCAGGUCUCCUCCUCACUUGCUGCACUUUGUGUCUCCAUUUUUUGUCACAGGGUGUGUUGCCAUUUGUCAUAGGGUGCUGGCAGAUUACGGGCCUCCCAUAGCUGCUGCCAGGCCCU